AUGAGGGGGCUCCGGGCCCGCUACCAUCUCCUGCCUGCACAGCUGGCGCCGCAGCUGCCCGCGCGGCUGCCCCACGUGCCAUGGAGCCUCCUCUACUGCACUGCGCGGGACGGCUUCAGCCUCAGUACCCUCUACCGGAGCACGAGCCGCCGCAGCACCCCUGCACUGCUGCUCAUCAGGGACACGGAGGCGCAGGCCUUCGGUGCCUUCUGCGCCUCCGCCAUCCGCCUGAGCACCCACUUCUAUGGCACCGGCGAGACCUUCCUCUUCUCCUUCUCCCCGCAGCUCAAGGUGUUCCCGUGGACCGGCAGGAACAGCUUCUUCCUGAAGGGUGACAAGGACCUGCUCAUGAUGGGCAGUGGCAGUGGCAAAUUUGGGCUGUGGCUGGACGGGGAUCUGUACCGUGGCGGGAGCCACCGCUGCGAGACCUUUGGCAAUGAGCCCCUCUCCAGGCGGGAGGAAUUCUGCAUCCAGGCCCUGGAAGUCUGGGGCCUGGCCUGA